UGGUGCUUCACUCUCCCGUCCACUGCUCAGUUGGCAACCCUCAAGUCAAGUGCCGACACCCCUGCCCCUCGGCUCUCGCUCAGUCACCUCACCUCACUUCAGUGGGUAUCACGCUGUCCGUGGUGCACGCUUCCAUCACUCGCCUCGCUCUUGCCCCUCAAAUAUGGAAGCGGGAUUUCGUGCGACACAUGAAACCUGAGGGAUAACCAACGUGUACAUUCCACACACACUCCUCUGUACCAAAACACGGGUACCUUAGAGCCGCGCUGGACAUUUAUUGACAAAACUGACACUCAGAAGGAGACUUAUCCUAAAGUAAUUUAGAUAUAUCAUCGACUGGAGCUUAGUAACGCCGAACAUAAGAGGCGCGUAGGAGAGGAACCUUGGACAAACCUACCUCGGUGUGGUGUUGGGGUCGCAAUACAUUAUAUCUGCGUGGCAUCUUCAGUAAGUUACCAUGGGGAAUGCAUGCUCGAGCUGUAAGGACUGCGGGUGCUUCUCUUGGAUGUACCCGAAGAAGUCCAACCUGCCCGCCAAGCCCGAGCCCGUGGACCGGCCCAAGCCCGUCACUCCGGUCCUCAGCGAAGUCGAGGUGGUGGGAGAACAUGGCAUUCUGGCAGUGAAGGAGUGGGGCCUGCAGGUGAAGGAGAAUGGCGCGGCGCAUCACACGGACCAGUUCCACGCCAUGAAGGCCGAGAAGCCCCGCCUAGUGGUGAGGCGCGGCCAGGCCUUCUCCCUCGUGCUCCACACCAGCCAGGCCUACAGGGAGGACGCCCACAAGAUCUCCCUUGUGUUCUCCGUGAAGGACGCCAAGAAUCCAAACUUCGGCAACAAAACCCUGGUCGGCGUGUGCGUGGGACUGGAGCCUGUAGAUGGGUGGUCGGCCAGCGUGGUCAGCUGCACAGACUCCCAGCUCACGCUGACGGUAACCACAUCCCCUCAAGCUGUCAUCGGAGAGUGGCAGGUAGAGGCUGAUGUGAAGAGUGCAGGGCAGACUCACUCCUACCAGUGCCCAGAGCCCAUCUACCUGCUCUUCAACGCGUGGUGCGAAGAGGACCCCGUGUACCUGGAGAAGGAGGCGGAACGGCAGGAGUACGUGGUGAGUGACUUCGGGCUCAUCUGGCGAGGCACCGCUAAGAGGCUGCGGCCCUGCCCUUGGCUCUUCGGACAGUACGAGAAGGACGUGCUGGAGUGUGUACUGUUGGUGCUGGAGAAUGUAUGCAAGAUGACCUCCGCUCACAGGAGUGACCCCGUCAAGAUCUCCCGCGCCCUGUCUGCUGGGAUUAAUUCCCCAGACGACGCCGGUGUGCUGGUGGGCAAGUGGGGCGAUGAUUUCAGCGGAGGCGUGCCACCAACCAAGUGGGGCGGAUCGCAGCGCAUCCUCCAGCAGUUCUACGAGACCAAGAAGCCCGUCAAGUAUGGGCAGUGCUGGGUGUUCUCUGGCGUGAUGACCGCAGCGUGCCGCGCCCUAGGCCUCCCCUGCCGCUCCGUCACCAACUUCUCCUCGGCGCACGACACCCACGGCUCCCUCACCAUCGACUACUUCUUCGACGACGAGAGCGAGGCCAUCGAGCGACUAAACAGCGACUCCGUGUGGAACUUUCACGUGUGGAACGAGGUGUGGAUGACCCGUCCGGACCUUGAUGGAGACUACGACGGGUGGCAGGCGGUGGACGCGACGCCGCAGGAGCAGAGUGACGGCCAAUACCGCUGCGGGCCCGCCCCCCUUAAGGCCAUCAAGGCGGGACACAUCAAUAAGCCCUUCGACAUUCCCUUCAUCUUCGCGGAGGUCAACGCCGACAAGCUUUACUGGAAGUACCGAGGACCCUGCCAGCCCAUGAAGCUGCUCGGCUGCAACCUGGACUGCAUCGGACAGUUCCUGAGCACGAAGGCGGUGGGGCGGUAUGGCCGCGAGGACGUCACUCAUCUCUACAAGUACGAAGAAGCGUCCAAGGAAGAGAGGGACGUGAUGAAGAAGGCGCUGCGGCUCUGCGAGAAUACCUUCGCCCGCUACUACCUGAACGAGGAGUUUGAGGAGGUGGAGUUCGACUUCAAGAUGAAUGACGACAUCAUGAUUGGCCAGCCCUUCACGUCGUCGGUGGAGGUGCACAACAAGGGGGAGAAGGAGCACAAGGUGGAGAUGGUGCUGCGGGCAGACACCGUGCUGUACACUGGCGCCACCAAGCACCACGUCAAGUCACAACGCCAGAAGCUCACCAUCAAACCCUACUCCAAGGAGACAGUGACGCUGGAGGUGAGCUUCGACGAGUACUACAAGAAGCUGACCUACCACUGUGCCUUCAACCUGGCGUGUCUGGCCAAGGUGGAAGAAAACGACUUCGAGUACUACGCUCAGGAUGAUUUCCGAUGCAGAAAACCAGACAUCAAGAUUGAGUACGAGGGCGACAUGAGGUUGGGCAAGGAGUGUGUGUGCCACGCCUACUUCACCAACCCGCUGCCGCUGCCCCUCAACCGCUGCUGGUUCCUCGUCCAGGGUGCGGGGCUCACCGAGGUGGAGUACGUCAGGCUCAAUAAGACGGUGCCGGUGGGCGGUGAGGCGCGGUGCCAGUUCACAGUGAAGCCCACCACAGCGGGGGAAAGGACGUUGUGUGUGAUGUUCGACUCCAAAGAGCUGGAAGACGUGGACGGCAUGCUGACGGUGACGGUGAACGAGGCGAACACCACCCCGGAGGUCGUAGUUAGCGAGACUGAAGACGAGGUGGCUGAGACGACCCUGACGGAAACCACGCCCCUUGAGAAGCCUGCAGAAGCUUAGUAGACAGGCCGCGAAAUGGAGAGAAUGGCAACUGUGUGGAGCCGUGCAGGGAUAAGUGAUUCGAGUGUGAGGUGAUGAUGAUGAUGAUGAUGCUGCUGGGCCUUUUUCCUCUCUCGGUCUUCCCAAGAGAAUUCCUGCUGCCUGCUUUUAAAUAGAUGAAAUAGAUAGAUACAUAAAAAAUAAGUAAAUAAAUAAAUAAAGAAAGAAAGAAAAGAAAAGUGAUGGUCUCUUUCGUCGGAGGCCAUGAAAGUAAAAAUGGUGGUAUUCUAUUGUUAUUAUUAUUAUUAUUAUUGUUGUUGUUAUUAUUAUUAUUAUUAUUAUUAUUAUUAUUAUUAUUAUUAUUAUUAUUAUUAUUGUAAUUUUCAAAGAAGCCUCUAUUUUUAUGUACGUUCCGGAAAUAUGUGUAUAGUGGUUCUUAAUUUUUCCCUUUUAUUUAUUCAGUAAGAACGAUCAUUGGUUUAUCUUACACAUACCGCUAAUCUGAAAGUAGGGUGACUAUAAAGAAAAUAUCUGUUCUCGAUCCAUUAUCCACAUCAAACACUUACUACAGCAGAAAUUAUAUAAGAAAAUGAAUGACAACGUUUAUGUAAAGAUUCUAUAUCCCUUAUCCACACCAAACAUUUACUACAACUGAAAUCCUGUAAGAAAAUGAAUGAUAACGCCUUUAGAAAGAUUCCAUAACUCCCUAAUAUCCCAAAGAUAGUCAGUAGCGGGAAGUGGAGGCGGCGAAGAGGCAAGAAGAACAGUAAGAGACGCUAUGAUCAAGGCCGAGAUUUGCGUAACACUGCCCGCUAGGACGAUAGUGAGGUGCGCCGAGUAGCGGCCCUCACUUAAUUAUGUUUACCUGUUAUGUCUGUUAAUAUGUCCAUCUGUCUGUAUUCUGCAUGUUAAGUGUCACUGUUUUAUUAUGUUUUUAAGUACGUUAGUUUUGUGUUUAUGUAUGAUGAUGUUAUACUAUAUUUUCUUCGUUGCUUUGUCCGUGUAUUAGUAUUCCGCAUGUUUAAGUGUCCUCUUUUUUAUGUACGUUAUUUUCAUGUUAAUGUAUGAUGUUAUUUUAUUAUUGGUAUCUAUUAGGACUUGUUUUCAGUUAGUGUAAGGCGUUAUCUGUCCAUGAUUAUCGAGCUUUAAUAUUAUAUACCGUGCUACGUGAAUGACGCUUUGAUUUAUCGAGACACGACUGAAAGCGUAAGUGCCAGUGCCAAGUGUUGUUUUUUUUUUCUAUUAAUAAUAAGUGUACGACUCUGGUAAUUGUUAAGUGUUUCUUAAUUACUUUAUCACAACGAUAUUUUUGUAAGGCUACCAAUCAACAUUACGUAUUUCCCUAUUAGUCUGAGCAGCACUGGAAGCAUUAUUGAACGUUAGUGAUGUUAGAUGUGCGGAUUGUGGUGGUGAGAAGACACAGGAUGAGGAAGGAAAUCUUUACUUCUCUAACGUUUCGACAGUGAGUCUUCCUCGGAGGUUUUCUCACCUCCAAUAUCCACUCGUUUGUCUAAUGUAUACAAAGAUAUUAGGUGUCCCAAAACUGUUCAUUAGCUUCUAUUAAAUGCCAUGAAAUUACAGCAGAUCUACAGUGAAUCCUUGAACAUAAAAAAAUAAGUGAAGCUUAGGUCAAGUUAAAGCUGAGAGAUCAUAGCCGUGUGAUGUUUUACCGUUUAGUUUUUAUCUAUUGUCUAUAUUUUUUUCGAAUCAAAUUUGUAUGCAGUAUUAUUAAUGGUAACUAGUGAAUACUAGACAGCAACAUUAAUAAUAAACCUAAUCAUCCA